AUGGUUACUCCGGUAAGCAACUUUUAUUUGAGAUAUUACGUUGGCCACAGAGGAAAGUUUGGUCACGAAUUUCUGGAGUUUGAAUUCAGGCCUGAAGGUAAACUACGUUAUGCCAACAAUUCCAACUACAAAAAUGACGUCAUGAUCCGAAAAGAGGCGUUUAUCCACAAAAGUGUAAUGCAAGAGUUGCAAAGGAUCAUUGAAGAUUCUGAAAUCAUGCAAGAAGAUGACAACUUGUGGCCCCAGCCAGAUAGAGUUGGUCGGCAGGAACUAGAGAUUGUGAUGGAUGAUGAGCACAUCUCUUUCACGACAUCUAAAAUAGGUUCUUUGAUGGAUGUCAAUCAAAGCAGUGAUCCGGAGGGACUGAGAACUUUCUACUAUUUGGUGCAAGAUCUAAAGUGCUUCGUUUUCUCACUCAUUGGAUUACAUUUCAAGAUCAACCCGAUCUAA